AUGCAAAUCUUCCUAUUCUUUGGUGGCGGUAUUAGACGGUACAACACAAACACCCUUCUUAGGGUUUCCAUCUGGUUAGCCUAUGUAGGGGCAGACAUGGUUGCAGUCUAUGCCCUUGGACUCAUAUCCAAGAAUGAUCAGAAUGCCACAACAUUAGUUGGAUUCCAUGGAACUAAUAAUCCAAAUCAUUUUGACUUAAAUCACAACCAGCUAGCUUUCUUCUGGGUGCCAUUCCUUCUCAUCCAUCUUGGUGGGCAAGACACCCUGACUACUUUCUCUAUGGAGGACAACAACUUGUGGCUGAGGCACCUGAUGAACCUGUCCAUUCAAGUCUUGUUGGCCUUAUACGCCUUUUGGAAGUCGACAGGAAAAGGGCAGAAGUCAUGGACCAUUGAAGAGAAGCGGAAGGAUCGUAAGGCUUUGUCUCUGAUUCAACUUUAUCUACAUAAUGAUAUUUUGCAAGAAGUGCUACAGGAGAAAACUGCCGUAGAACUUUGGCUCAAGCUAGAAUCAAUCUGCAUGUCCAAGGAUCUAAACAGUAAGAUGCACGUGAAGAUGAAGUUGUUCACGCACAAGCUGCAAGAAGGUGGUUCGAUGAUGAACCACUUAUCGAUCUUUAAGGAGAUCAUUACCGACCUAGUGUCAAUGGAGAGUGGAGAUGUCGUGCGUAUGGGAGAUAACAACCCACGUGAGAUUGUGGGCAUUGGCUCCGUUCAGAUCAAGAUGCAUGAUGGCAUGAUACGCACACUGAAAGAUGUGAGACACAUACCAGGGAUGGUCAGAAAUCUCAUCUCCCUCAGCACACUUGAUGCCGAGGGGUACAGACACUCCGGUUCAGGUGGAGUGUGUAAGUUAUAUGUUCUUAGAGGAAGUACUUUACAUGGUUCCGUCACUGUUGCUACUGUUUCUAAUGAUGAACCAAGUAAAACUAAUCUCAGGCAUAUGUGUCUUGGGCAUAUGAGUGAACUUGGUAUGGCAGAAUUGAUCAAGAGAGACCUGUUGGAUGGCUGCACUGUGGGUAAGAUGAAGUUCUGUGAGCACUGUGUUUUUGGUAAGCACAAGAGGGUAAAAUUCAAUGCAUCUGUUCAUACCACCAAAGGUACACUUGAUUAUGUACAUGCUGAUUUGUGGGGGCCGUCUCGUAAGCCCUCUUAUGGUGGUGCUCGUUACAUGCUUACCAUUAUUGAUGAUUACUCUAGAAAAGUGUGGCCUUACUUUCUGAAAAAUAAAGAUGAUACUUUUGCUGCUUUUAAAGGGUGGAAAGUUAUGAUAGAAAGGCAAACUAAAAAGAAGUUGAGAGUUUUCGGUUGCACUGCUUAUGCUCAUGUUGAUAAUGGAAAGCUAGAACUUAGAGCCAUUAAGUGUCUGUUUCUUGGUUAUGGUUUUGGAGUUAAAGGAUAUAAGUUAUGGAAUCCUGAAACUAAAAAGACUUUCAUGAGCAGGAACGUUGUUUUCAAUGAAUUUGUUAUGUUUAAUGACAUCUUGUCCACAGAUGUUUCACCAGUUGGUUCUGAUGAGGAGCAGAAACAUGUUAGCGUGCAGGUUGAGAACAUUCAUGAGCCGGCUACAUACAUUGAAGCUGUUGUUUCUGGUGAUCGCGAGAAGUGGAUUUCCGCUAUGCAAGAAGAGAUGCAGUCACUUGAGAAAAAUGGCACAUGGGAUGUUGUGUGCUUGCCUAAACACAAGAAGCAAAGUUACAUUAAGAAAGUUCUUCAUCGUUUCAACAUGCAUGAUGCAAAGUCUGUUAGUACUCCUAUUGCUCCUCAUUUUAAAUUAUUAGCUUUACAAUGUGCUAGUACGGAUGAGGAUUUUGAGUACAUGUCAAGAGUUCCAUAUUCUAGUGUUGUUGGUUCUUUGAUGUAUGCCAUGGUUUGCUCUCAUCCUGAUUUAUCAUAUGCUAUGAGUUUAAUUAGUAGAUACAUGGCUAAUCCUGAUUUUGCUACUGAUUUAGAUAAGAGGAGAUCUUUCACAGGUUAUGUGUUCACUAUUGGUGGUUGUGCUGUGAGUUGGAGGGCAACAUUGCAGCCCGUUGUUGCCCUGUCUACCACUGAAGCAGAAUACAUGGCUAUUGCUGAAGCAUGUAAAGAAGUUGAAAGCAGCCGAAAUGGCCUUAGGGAAACAAGGUGGCAAUUGCAUAAACUGGGUGUUGAAGCUGAUAAGGGCAGCUAUGUGAGUACAGUCUUGUAUGUCUUGAGCUCAAUGCCAGGAGUCCGAGAUCUCUUCUCUGGACGCACCGUCUCCCAGAUGAAAGUGCGUGAGGUAUUCAAGUUCCAAGCAAACAGCAGACCCCUGGAUCAAGUGCUAAAACUGCUGGAGGUAGAGCUUGCCAUGAUGUACGAUGAUCUGUACACCAAGGCCAUGGUGCUUCGUACAAGGACUGGAGUCAUACUCCGGUGCAUCAGCCAGGUGUUGAUGACAUGUGCCUUUUUGAUAUUCGUAGUUGCAAACAGCAGACAAUAUUACAGUAGAGCUGAUGUUGCAAUCACCUAUGUGUUAUUCAUUGGCUUCUUUACUAUUGAAGUUUGUGCAUUCAUUUUGAUAGUCAUGUCACGAUGGACCUGGGCAUUCUUCAAAUCCCGAAAGUGUGAAAUGCUUGUCCAUGUUACCUGGCUUCUUCUCUCGAGUAGUAUUGGUUGGCCGGAGAAGAGAAUAUUGUGGUCAAAAUCAAUGGGGCAGUAUAACUUCCUGAGCUCCUGUAUAGGCCGUCAUCGAUCAAGAACAUCCUCCAAACUACUCAUCUACAUCAGGAAGGCGUUAAGUGCUGUUGAAAGCAAGUAUUUAGUCAGAAAGCUCCGCCACACCAAGCAUGUCACAGUAAACAAGGACAUCAUGGAGGACGUUGUCACAUGGGUUGGACGUGUUGCUCGAGAGGAAUUUACAAGAAUAACUGAACAGCAACACUGGGUACAUCUUCGUCCAAUUAUCAAGGCUACACUGAACUCUAGUGUCAACUCUUUCGGUGACAACAUCAUCCUUUUGCAUACAUAUACAGAGCUGCACCUAAGGAAAUGCCCCAACGACGACGAGGUCAUCGGCAUGAACGAGACAAUAUCAAGUGUCAAUACUAUCAUGCACACAUGCACCAAGAUAUCAAAUUACAUGGUGUACCUCUUAGUUGUGCAGCCUUCAAUGUUGCCAUUCAGUGGCAGUGCAGAGGAUACAAUGGCAAACUUUUAUGAGAAGAUAACCAAGAAUAGUUACAGCAACGAGCAGGGUGUUCUGGACACUGCUUAUCAGAUAUUGGAGAAUGUGCUGGAGUUUGGCGACGAGGAAUGCCUGAAAGAACAGGAGGAACCCGGGCCAUGGCUUGAGACGCUGAUGGAGAUCAGAGAUAUGUGGAUGAGGCUACUUAUUUAUGCGGCCGGGAAGUGCCUAGGGGAUCUGCACGCCCAACAGCUAGGGAGAGGAGGGGAGCUUCUCACCUUCGUAUGGUUACUCAUGGCGCAUAGUGGAAUUGGAGAUGUCGAUCAUCAGGUUGACCUGAUAAGUAAUAAUGAUGUUUUGUCAGGGCAGUUUUGUGCAUUCCAUUUUCCUAGUAAAGCUGAACAAUCUAGUGUAUAA